UGUGAAUUCCAUUCCUUCAAGUAUUUUGGAGAAAAAGAUGACCUCCCAGAAUACAAAACAGUUGUACAUUUACUAGAAUAUAAAGAUGGGGCACUUCAGGCAGGUUGUCCAAAUGAUGAUAAUUUGGUAACAGCACUAAAGAAUCAUUAUGAUAAGAUAAGAACAUUAAAUAUGGAUUUUUAUGCAGUUCCCGGGUCAGAAAAAAACAAAAUACCCUCCACUGUGAGGGAAAUUCAGAAGGAAUUCCCAGAGGCAUUUUUCUAUGGUGAAGAGUCAAAGAUUAAUAUUACAUGUAAUGACUACUCUCAGUUGCAAUUGCUGAAAAAUAUGUUAAGAAUUAAGUUGGAAGGUGGACAAACAAACAGGCGAAAUCGAAGAUUUCAAUCAAGUGAAGAUACGGAUGGAAAUACUGAAGGAAAACCAGAAGAUGUGCUCAAACAAAGUGGACGAAGAAAUAGGCGCUUUGAAAGCAAUGAGACUGAAUCAGAUAUGACUUCUUCAUUGUACAUGUCUAGUGAUGCACUUGAAGUGAAAGUGAAGGAUGGAUUUACUGUUAAAGUAUAUCAGGGCAGUAUUACUAAACUCAGAGUUGAUUGUAUUGUCAAUGCUGCUAAUAAUCAGCUUAUGCAUGGAGGUGGAGUAGCAUAUGCAAUAGCAGAGGCAGCAGGAUAUGAAUUCGAUAGAGAGAGUGCGGAGUACAUCAGACAGCAUGGUCCAAUACCCGUAGGGAAGUGUUGUGUGACAUCUGCCGGCAAACUCCACUACAAGUGUGUAAUUCAUACAGUAGGACCUAGAUGGCAUGACUAUAACAAUGAUGAAAAGAAAUACUGUUUUAAUGACUUGCAAGAAGCUGUCGAAGUUACAUUCAGAGAAGCAGAUAGAUUGAAAAUGACAUCAAUUGCAAUUCCAGCCAUUAGUUCAGGUAUAUUUGGAUUACCAAGAGACAAGUGCAUCGAAUGUUAUUACCAAGCAGUAGUAGCUUUCCUUUCAUCUAACAAGCCGAUUUACCUUAAGGAAAUACAUUUUGUGGAUAGAGAUCUUACCAUAAUUGACAACAUCAAAGCAGUAUUUUCUCAGACGAGGAACUAUUCACCUAAAACAGAAGACACACAAAGCCCUUAUUAUAGUACACACUCUCAACAAAAGCAAGAAAACUUCGAUGUACCCAGAUCUACUUCAAUUUACAGACGUUCUAGCAAUGAAAGUGAAGACUGUGUGGUUUUCCAAAUACGACACUCCUUCUCAAUUCAGCUUUUUAUUGGAAAUAUAGUUAAUACUGAAGCAGAAGCAGUUGUGUGUCCCCAGGAUAAAAAAUGUAGCUCCAAAGGAAGAGUUGCUAGUGCAUUAAUGGAAGCUAUAAAUGAUAGUACAGCUUAUCCCCCUAAAAAAGAAAAGGAGCGCCGGAUUGGAGAUAUUUUUGUAGCGGAAUGCAAGUCAAAUUCUGCAAGAUGGAAAUACAUGUUCCACACUGUGGUGCCAAGAUGGGAUAUGGAAUCUGCAACAAAUAAUCGACAAUAUAUGAAGUCUCUUGAGAAAACUUACAGAAAUAUUUUUAAAGCAGCAGAAAGAGAACAGAUUUCGAGCAUUGCAAUUGCUAUGCCCAUUUUGGGAGCCGGUGUUGGAGGUGACUAUGAAGCGCCACUGGAAAUGUGUUCCAAAAUCUUUGCUACAACAGUAAAAUCAUUUUCAGAUGAAAAUGAUUCCUUAUCUUUACAAGAAAUUAAACUUGUAUUUCAAAGUAAUGCUGAGAGAUUUGCAUACACAGAUGCAUUAAAGAAAGUCUUGCACAGUGAUAAUUUUGAAAUGAUCAAUCUUAAAGGACCGAGUCAUAUUGAGCAAAGUUCAAGUUCAGAAAAAAACUUCUGCUGCAUAUGCAUGGAUACUCCGAGCAAUCCAAAAGCUUUGAAAUGUGGCCAUAUCUUCUGCAAAGACUGCAUUGAUCAGCAAUUCGAGUACAAACCAGCCUGCCCAAGCUGUGGUAAGGUAUUUGGAAAGAUGACAGGGGACCAGCCACCUGGUACUGUGUCUCUAAGAAAAGAAUGGAGAAGUCUUCCUGGUUAUGAAGACUGUAGCGAGUGCAUCAUCAUCACUUAUACUAUAAGAGGGGGUCUUCAAGGGGAGGACCAUCCUAAUCCCAAUCGGUAUUUUAAAGGGAUAACUCGCUCUGGUUACCUUCCAAACAAUACAAAGGGAAGGCAGGUGGUCAAGCUUCUGAAUAUUGCUUUUUCGAGAAAACUGGUGUUUACCAUUGGAAGAUCCCGUACCACUGGAGAAGAGGGGGUGGUGACUUGGAAUGAUAUUAGCCACAAGACAAGACCAGACGGAGGUCCGCAAAAGUUUGGGUACCCAGAUGACACCUACCUUGACCGAGUCCUUGCGGAGCUUGCAGUAAAAGGCGUCACACCAGAGUCAGCGGAUGAUCCAGAGGAAUACCGAGAAUAUUCCAGAGGUUUCUACUAGAAGGAUUGGCGUAUUGUCUUAAAACAAUGGAAUGGUACAAUACUGGUGCAUUUAAAAUGUUAUUUGCAAUGUUUCUUUAAAUAUAAAAAAAAUGUGGAUUAGAUCGUUUGCUGAACAUUUAUGAAUUAUUUAGUAUGUUACAUGUAGUAAAUGAGUUAAAAUUUUAUAAAUGAAAGAUGUGCAAUGUUUAUGACCAUUGUAUAUCACCAGCUUUUUUUCUGAAUAAUUUUAGUUAUUCUUAAAAAAGACAACAACUGUCUUUUUUCAUCCUCAAUCAUGUCACAGCUGAGGUAAUGAUUUCACUUUCAAUUUAUCUCCAUGAAAUACAAAGAUAUUAGUAUAUAAUAGCUUCAUAUAAUACUUGUGUGAUUGUAAAAAUGCCUGCAAAUAAUAAGAAAUACAUUAUUUUUGUUUACAAUUGAGUAUACAUUUGAUGAACGAAUCAAGGGAGGGAAACUGCAUACAAUACCUUAAGAGCUUGCUAACAUGAUAACAUAGUAAAAUUUCAGAAAAUGUUAUUGUGAAUAUAAAAGAAUUUUUUGUAUCAGUUUCGAUGAAUGUCAGUAUGUUUUCUUAACCUUAAUUGUUCAUUCUUUGAGUUGUCAAUUCUAUGAUUUUAUUUUUUCAAUGAGUUUUUUUCCUUUGA